AUGAGAGAAGCCAUUGGGAAUGAACAAGAUCUUGGAUUCACAUUAACACAAAGAAGAAUGGGUCUCCACAUUAAAGUUUCAAAGACAAAUUAUAUGUCAUUAAACCAAGAAAAGCAAAAUCGUGUAACUCUUGAAGGUGGAGUGCUAAAAAGAGUCGACGAUUUUCUUUAUCUAGGCACCUGGAUAGGUUCCUCAGCAAAGGAUAUCGAAACUAGAAUUUCAAAAGCUUGGGUGGCAAUGAAUAAGAUGGAACUAAUAUGGAAAUCAGAUAUCCCAAAAGAAACCAAUAUAUCAUUCUUUAGAACAACAUUUGAAUCAGUGUUGUUGUAUGGCUGCGGUGCAUGGACUUUGACCCAAACCUUGGAGAAGAAACUAGAUGGAGCCUACACUAAAAUGCUAAGAGUUGUCCAAAAUGUCACUGCUGGAGGUGUAAAAAAGAAGUUGUUCACAAACUUUUACAUUGGGAGCCCGCGUAGGCGUAGGCGUAGCAGGGGAAGCAGGGGAAGACCUGCUCUAACAUUCAUCGACCAACUAAUCAAAGAUACCAACAUAUCCAAGGAGCAACUACCAGGAGCUAUGGACGACCGUGAAUUAUGGAGACACUAUGUCAUGAACGCUCGACUGCGGUCGCCAUGA